AUGGUCUCUCUUUCAACCACAGAAGAACAACAUUUUGGAGAGUUGGUGAAGCUGCUGAAAGAACUCAAAGAAAUAUCUUCGAAAUCAUCUUCUCCAAUUGUCUCUCAAGAAUUUCUUUCUCAGAAAUUCAUUCAUUUCGAAGCCAUCUUACAAAAACACCUUGCUCCAUUACUCAGAAUUUCAAGCCUUUUGCCGAACGUAUCAGAUGCCCCACUUGCUGUCACAGGGGUGCAAGGGGGAGAAAAGGUUGGUCAAGCAAAGGCUGGGGAACAUGAGAAGAUAACUGAAGAUUCGAAGGUGGUAGGAAAGCUUUAUCCUUCAAACGUUGUUGUUAAACCAACAAUAGUUUCAGCUGCUCCAGUCAUUUCGACUGUGACUACAACUGUUCCAAUUUUAAGACCUAUUACAAAAGGUAUUGUAAUUGAGAAUGUAGUUCCUUCGAAUGUAUCUUCGUCAAAGAAUGCAGCUCCUUCGAAUGUUAAAGACAAAGGAAAAGGAGUCUUGGUUGAGAAGACUAACAAAGAGAAGAAAGCUGAGGUGGCAGCUGAAGUUGAAAGAAUGAUGCAUGUUGAAAGUAUAAUGCGUCAGAGAGCUCUUGAAGAUUCCGAAGAAGAGUUUUGUGGUGACAAAUACUGA